CGUAGAGGUCGAUUUCUUCAUCCACUGGAGGUGGCAUUGUGUUAGUGAGAGUGGUGUCGUAGUAGACUAAGAUUACAAACUCUUGUGGCGUUGUUGGGUUAGGAGUGGGUAAGUGGUAACAAGACAAACUGGUCCAAAGUAUGUACAAGAACAAAGCGAGGCACAGCAACGUAAAGGGCCUCGUCCAGUGGGAGUGAAGGCAACAAAGUUUCUCCAGAUUUGUCGAUCACAGGCAGGUAAUGCGGGCCAAAUUGUUAGCAGGCGCCCCCACUAACGUCGAAUCCCUGCACGUCAUUUUCACCCGCGAACUCGAACCCUUUGCGUCGCAUCAACACCGCCAUGUCGUUCUCCUUACUCCGCCCACAACUGUCGCAAUACACGUGCCGGUCAUGUCUAAUCCGCCUAUCUCGCGCUUCACGACGUCCGAUAUCUUCGAACACGUACUACGCCAAAGAGAAUAGUGCUAAAACCGAUGCAAAGGCCGCCGUACCAACAUUUCCCGCACGGACGCGUUUUGCGCCUUCACCAACCGGCUACCUCCAUCUUGGAUCGCUCCGGACGGCGCUGUUUAAUUAUCUCCUCGCGAAACGGACAGGCGGUCAAUUCCUACUCCGGAUAGAAGACACAGACCAGAAACGCACAAUACCCGACGCCGAGCAGCGACUGUUCGACGAUCUACGAUGGGCAGGACUGCAAUGGGAUGAAGGGCCAGAGGUCGGAGGACCGUAUGGACCAUACAAACAGUCAGAGAGGAGCGCGAUAUACAGGGAAUACGCGCACCAACUUCUAGAGUCAGGACAUGCAUAUCGCUGUUUCUGUUCUUCCGAGCGCUUGAAUGCGUUGGCGGAACAUAGACACAAGCUCGGCAUCGCAACUGACUACGACCGUACAUGCGCCCCGCCCGCGAUAUCCAAGGAAGAGAGUGACGAGAGAGCGCACAAGGGCGAACCGCACACCAUACGUCUCAAAGUCCCAGACCAGUACCCGACAUACAAAGACCGCAUCUAUGGCACCUUCAGGCCUCUCAAAAGACGCGGCCAUGUCACCGAAUCCGCAUAUGAAGACCCAAUUCUCCUUAAGUCCGACGGCCUCCCUACAUACCAUCUCGCCAACGUAGUAGACGACCACCUCAUGAAGAUCACGCACGUUAUCCGAGGAAGCGAAUGGAUGCCCAGCACCCCCAAGCACAUCGCCAUGUACCAAGCCUUUGGUUGGACGCCCCCAGAGUUCGCCCACGUCGGCCUCCUCGUCGACGAGAACGGUAACAAGCUCAGCAAGCGAAACUUCGAUACCGACAUCACCGCCUUCAAAGAGAUGGAAAUCUUCCCCGAGACUCUCACAAAUUUCGCCGCGUUGCUGGGAUGGAGCCACAAGGAAAAGAGUGAUGUCAUGGACUUGAAGACACUUAUUGAUAACUUCAGCCUCAAAUUCACAAAAGGCAAUACCACCGUCACAUUCGGCAAAAUGCAGUUCCUCCAACGCAAGCACGCCUUCCAACGCGCUUCGACCGGCGGCCCACCCCUCGAAGAAAUGGUCCGCAACGUCUCCAAACUGCUCAUCUCCCCCGACUCCCCUUACCAAGACUGGAAGUCAAUAAUCGGAAGCCCCUUCCCCGACGACUACAUCCGAUCCAUCAUAACCGCCGAUGCUGAAAACUACACAAACGCGAACGAAUUCCUGUACCGCAACUCCUUCUUCUUCACGCCCUUGCGUCCUUUCGACAAACAGCCGCCCAUGUCGACUACAUCCGAUAUACCCAUGCGCGCGCAGAUGCUAGCGCAGGUUGAAGAGAAGGACUGGAAUAAAGAGAAUUUGAUGCAAAAGGUGCACGAGAUGAUUGAUGGGAGGCCUGAGGGGAAGAAGGGGGCGAAGGAUGUGUAUCAUUAUCUGAGGAAGACGGUUACGGGGCAGGAGCAGGGCAUGAGGUUGUACGAUAUCUUUGUUAUUCUAGGCAGGACGGAGACGCUAAAAAGGCUGGGAUUGUUGGUCAAUUAGAAGGAUGUGUAAUUGCGGAAGUGUAACAAUAGUGUAGAAGAAACGAGCCAUGACUGUAUGUGUCAGCACCCCAUCCAA